UUUAUUUACUGUUUUAUUAUGUCAUUUACCUAUUACUGAAAGCAAUUUCCCCAUAAAUUGUAUUUGGUGAUCUUUAAUGAGUUACAAAUUCAAAAACCACUAUUCUUAUGGUUGUCAGUUUGUUCUUUGACUCACUCUAGUGGGUCUAAUGCUGGCCAAAUGCCCAUGCACCCACUAAAAAUUAUUUAUUUACUCAUUUCCUGCUGAGAGAUAUGGAUUAGGAGGGAGAGGGCAAACCAGGCUCAAAACUUUAAAGGGUAUAAAGAAAACUUUAGUAACAGAAUUAAAAGAAAAAAUGAUAAGAAAUUCAGAAUAAACCUUCAGAACACUUCUCCUCCCCCACACCCUCUUCUUUCCCACAGACAACGUAAAGAGACAAAACCUGACCUUUCAGUCAGUUUACCUCCUCUAAAAUAAUCUUUCUUCAGUCUACCUAGGGAGUGGAGUCUCUCUUGCUAUGCCAUGGAGACUUGUCCAUAAGAAGCAGUUCUCUCGUGGCUUCGGUGUCACACUGAAUCAGCCACCCAGGAAAGGAAAUCUGUUUGCAGUGUGAAAGUCCCUCCCAUGAUUCUGCAGCUUUCCCAAAGCUGCUUUCAUCGGCCACGUUAACUUAUGGGGUACUAUUUAAGGAUGAGCUGUUCUAGCAUAAAAACAGAAGUUCUCUUUUUUUAAUCCCUGGGAACAGAGGUUUUUCUUGUUCUAUCCCUAGGGCAAAGUUUCUCAUCUCUCUCUGGUCAAACUUCUCAUUGGAUUACAGCUUUUCAGCAUCCACGUGCUCCAACAUGUGUCCUUCUCUCAGGGGCUGUGGGUGAAUGCUGCAUCCCCCCGUGCCCUUCAUGAACUACAGGGAAAAAACAAAGUCUGAUAGAUCAAAAAUAUAUCUUCACCAUAGCAUCACAAAAGAAUUUCAGCCCAAGACUAAGGCAUCUCCUCAAUCCCCUCCCAUCUACAAUUGACUCCUCCUUUACUGCCCUCAGUGUCUGUAUUGUUUUCUCUACGUGUCUUCACCCUUUCCUUUUCCUGACUGAGAUUGGUGCUGGUAUGUUCAUUUGUUCUCAAGCUUUAUCAGUUGAAACAGUUACAGAGUUCUGUAUCAUUGAAAGGCUGAUCUUGUCCAGGCUCUGCAGUCCAGGAAUUGCUGUGUGACACUGCUGAUCAUGUGCUCCCCCCCAGCGCCGCUCCUGCGCCUUUCCUUCAUGUGGGGUGUCAGGAAAAAGAAACAAAACUGCUGCUUUUGUCCUUCUGCCUGCAGCAUGGCUGCCUAAAAGCAGCUGAGCAAACAAAGUUCAUUUGUGAGCCAUGUCGAGAUAGCCCUGGCCGUGCUGACUCUGGCCACGCAGUCCUGGCCGCGCGGUGCUGGGACGGUCCCGGCAGCACGGCCUGGUUGUGGCAGAAAUCCCAGCCUAGCAGUGCUCUGACCAGAGCCCAGCCCAGCCAGGCCUGGCCCAGCCCAGCUGUGCGAGCCCAGCCCAGCUGGGCCUGCCCUGACCCAGCACGUCAGCCCAGCCCAGCCAGGCCUGGCCCAAUCCGGCUGUGCCAGCCCAGCCCAGCCAGGCCUGGCCUGACCCAGCAUGCGAGCCCAGCAUGGCCGGCCUGGCCCAACCCGGCCACGUGAGCCCAGUCCAGCCCAGCCAGGCCUGACCCAGCCACGUGAGCCCAGCCAGGCCAGUGAUAUCUUCAGAGGCCAUUAGCCAAGAGUGUUCAUGCGCUAGCCCAUCCUUAAAUGUUCAUAGAGGCGUAUUCAGCUCUUCUAAGUGGUUUAAAUGGGUGUCAAUCUUUAAAACUAGCCUGCUGAUUGGUUAACUGGAUGUCAAUCUUCAAAUCUAGCCAGUUGAUUGGCUCUUUAAAUUAGGCAGCUCAUUGGCUCUGCCAGGUCCCCACCCCCUCAACUGAAAACCAGACUUUGUUAAACCACGACACACGUGCUGUGUGAUAAAAGCACGAGAGGUUGUAAAUGAAAGAGUCAAUAUGGGGGAAAAGAAGGCAGAACCGUUGGAUUUUGUGAAAGAUUUUCAGGAAUAUCUGACCCAGCAGACUCACCAUGUCAAUAUGAUUUCUGGAUCGGUCACUGGUGACAAGGAAGUAGAGACUCUCCAGGGAGCUGGGACAGAAGGUGAUCAGAAUGGUCUGGAUCAUCCUUCUGUUGAAGUUUCACUGGAUGAAAACUCAGGAAUGUUGGUGGAUGGGUUUGAAAGGACUUUUGAUGGGAAGUUAAAGUGUCGAUACUGUAACUAUGCCAGCAAAGGAACUGCACGGCUCAUCGAGCACAUCAGGAUUCACACAGGGGAGAAGCCACACAGGUGCCACCUGUGUCCCUUUGCCUCGGCCUACGAGCGUCACCUGGAGGCUCACAUGCGGUCCCACACUGGGGAGAAGCCCUACAAGUGUGAGCUGUGCUCCUUCCGCUGCAGCGACCGCAGCAACCUGUCCCACCACCGCCGGCGCAAGCACAAGAUGGUGCCCAUCAAGGGGACGAGGUCUUCCCUGAGCAGCAAGAAGAUGUGGGGGGUUCUGCAGAAGAAGACCAGCAAUUUGGGGUACAGCAGAAGAGCAUUAAUUAAUCUGAGUCCGCCUUCCAUGGUGGUGCAGAAGCCAGACUACCUUAAUGAUUUCACCCAUGAAAUCCCCAAUAUCCAGACUGAGGCGUACGAGAGCAUGACAAAAUCCACUCCGAGCGGUGGCUUGCCAAGAGAUCCACAAGACCUCAUGGUGGAUAAUCCUUUAAACCAGCUCUCCACGUUAGCAGGACAGUUGUCCAGUUUGCCACCUGAAAACCAAAAUCCAGCCUCUCCUGACGUCGUUUCCUGUCAAGACGAAAAGCCUUUCAUGAUACAGCAGCCUGCUGCACCUGCAGUAGUUUCAGCUGUGUCAGCAAAUAUUCCUCAGAAUUCCUCUCCGACCAGCCCUGAUUCGCGGCCCGCACACAAUCAGAGGAACUAUAGUCCCGUGGCAGGGCCCAGCAGUGACCGCAGUGCCCACACCAGUACUCCCAGUAUCAGCAACAGCCAGCCGAGUACUCCAGCUCCAGCCCUGCCAGUGCAGGACCCUCAGCUCCUGCACCACUGCCCACACUGUGACAUGUACUUUGCAGACAAUAUCCUUUACACCAUCCACAUGGGAUGCCACGGAUUUGAAAAUCCUUUCCAGUGUAACAUUUGUGGGUGUAAGUGUAAAAACAAGUACGACUUCGCUUGCCACUUUGCGAGAGGCCAACAUAAUCAACAUUGACUGAGAACAUGCUUUCGUUUAGUUUUUUAACAUAUUACAGUCUAUUUUUCAUACUUGCUGAUGGAAAGCUUGCACAUUCCCAUAAGGAAUCUUCACAUUAAUCAAUUCGACAGAGGAGGCAAAUUGAUUUCUGUGUUCUUGUAAAACUUGCCAGGGAAAUUUUGUAUCACAUUCAGUUGCUGUUUUAUAUGUAGCCUUUCAAAAAAAGCCAAGAGUGCUGUAAGGGUUGGAAUGCAUUUACAUGCUGUGGUUGCUAAAUUUAAGUUGCUUGCACUUAAUCCCAAUAAACAUUCUGCAAGUGGAGAAGCAGAGCGUGUGUCCUGAACCAUAGGAUGUAAUUCCCAGAUUGUUUACUAGGCAACACAAGAUAUAUUAUCCAUAAAACACAAAAGGUCAAUGCAAUGACACAUCAUGUAGAGACAGGACAAGGAGGAAUGGUGACAGAGGGCAGGGUUAGAUGGGAUAUUGGGAAGGAAUUGUUCCCUGGGAGGCUGGGCAGGCCCUGGCACAGGGUGCCCAGAGCAGCUGUGGCUGCACCUGGAUCCCUGGCAGUGCCCAAGGCCAGGUUGGACAGGGUUUGGAGCACCCUGGGAUAGUGGAAGGUGUGUGUCAUUUAAGGUCCCUUCCAACCCCAGCCAUUCUAUGACUUUGGAGAAAUCUUUAAAAACCUGGCUACUCAAACAAACACAAGCAAUUUUCACGUACAAAUUCAAUUUGAUGUAAAAGUUUCUUUGAUCUGAUGAAGGUUGAUAAUAAGUUUUUGUUUAGUAUAGUCUAAACUCUUCAUGCUAGGACUUAAACACUAAUUUAACUAUUAGCGCAAAACUAGAAGAUAACAGGUUAUUGUGAAUAAAACUAUGGUAGGAAAAAAAAAAAGAGCUAAAAGCCUGUCAUUCAUGAGUUAUAAAAACAAAAAAGUAAGAUACCUUAUAUUACCUACACUCUACAAAAUUUUACCUGUCAUUGUUUUUCAGAGGAGGCAAUUUUUAGAGUCAUAAUGAAGAGCCUGUAGAAUUAAUAUAUAUUCUGUGAGAUUUCUAACUGCCUUAAACUGAGUUGUACAGAUAUUUAAAUUUUGCACAAUUAGACUUCUGUCCCGCUGAUAGAAGUUCUGAUAGAAACAAACAAGAAGUUUACAAAUCAAACUCCUUUGUUCAGUUUUAUGUUGGGCCAGGCUACAACUGAGAGGUUGCCUAUAUUUUUGAGAGUUGUAUAAUCCAGUUUAUUGUAAAUUUCAGCUGACUUGGAGGCCUGCUUUGUCGCCUCUCCAAGGUCUGAUGUCCUUUGGGUGAGCUGGGAAUAAGGGGAAGGACCUCUGGCUUUUUCUGGGCUCCAUGCAGGAUGCAAAGGAAAACUGGCUGACUACACUGAAGUUGUGUUUAGGAAUUGUGGAUGGCAAAUGGUAACUGAAGUUGUUUAUUUUGUUUCAUAGUGUACACUCAUCUUUAGAAGCCCUCAGGCUAAAGGACAGGCACUUUAACAUAAACCUGAGUAAAACAUCUAAUUAAAAUGAAUAAUAACUUUAUGUGCUAGAUAAGAAUUUGAGAUAUUAAAAAUAAAGGAAGAACUGUUACUUUUCCCAUAUUUAGACAUGCACUUUUACCUUGGUUUGUCCUACUUGAGACAAAUUAAAGCUUCCCUUAUAUAUUCCCCUUUUCCUAUCAGCAAACCGUGUUUUGUUAAAAGCAAGGAGAUUUUAUUAAUGUUCCACAAGUCAGAGGUUGGAAUCUCAAUAGCAAAUGCUUGGCUUAUUCAAAUUUAUAUUGUUAUGGGAGCUAAAACUUCCUGAAACCAAUGGAAAAACUUACAGUGAUCAGGGUGAGAUCAAUGUAGGAAAACCACCUGUGUAAGAAUUUUAGCUGUAGAAGUAAUUUUGACUUUAAUUAAAUAGAAAUUUGGAUACCAGAUGUGUUUCUGUCUACCUGACUGACCUACUGUUGAAUUUCUGUGCUUGAGGAACUGGGUUCUUUCUUGGCUGUGCAGUCUUGAAGUAAUGAGGUCAGAAAACUGCCACUGGAGUGGUUCCAGUGUAGUGAAGAUGAACAGUAACACUGUCACUCCUAAAAACUGUUUUGUUUUCAGGCCUGGUUCAGAAUUUGUUUUGCUGGAUUUGUAAGACAGAAUGUAAUUUGCAUUUUUCAUCAGGACACUCUGUAAUUCCAAAAAAAUGCAUUGUUGCUUUAUACUUUUUAGAUUUAUUUUAUAAGUAAAACUGCAAGUCUGUGUGUGUAAACAUCCUUUAUUUUAUUUUAAGGAGUAAAAGUUGACUGAACUGGAAUCCAGUUAGAAGUUACUGCUCCUGGACAGGUUUUGGAAUCAAAAUUUUUUCCAGUCAAAGAGGGCAGAAAGGGUGGCUGUCUUUGGAUCACACAUUGAACAAUUCUACAAUUUAAAUUUGGCUCAAAUGUGGUGUUAGGAUAAGAGACAUUUCUCUUGAAGACUUUACAAUUAGUAAUUUAUGGAAGUGGUUUUCCUUGCCUUUUUGAUAGAUGGUGCACUCUCCUGUUCCUAAGCUCUGGCAUUUCCAAGGAAACUUGUGGAAUGGUGGUGCUCCAGGGAGCACCUUACAGUACUGAGUGACCACAGCAGCCAAGUGCUCCUUGGCUUGUGGUUUUUUCCUUGCUGGUAUCGUAGGGAGAGUAAUUUCCAUGUGCACAGAUGUGGGUUCUGACCCUCUGGGGCUUCUGUUGGCAGUGUUAACGUUGUUAGAGGCUUUUCUUUGUCUCAUGAUUUGGUGAUUGAGAGAAACGACUGCUGAGCCACAAUGGCCUUGAACAGAACUCAGGAUAGGUCACUGAUGGAGGAGCUGGGAGCAAGAGGAAGCCUGCAGGAUCUCAUGGAAAAGAGGCCCUUGUUUAGGGGGGAUCCCAUUGUGGGGAAUGUAUGUUCUUAACAACAGAACUCUGUGUGAAAUAAUCUAUCCCCAAGCCUUGCAAAUCAUUGUUUGGAAGGAUUUUCCUGCUGCUGCCUGGAUACCAUUGGUUCUGCUCUUGAAGGGAAAGGUUAAGCUGGGACAUCUCUGAACGGUUGAGGAAUGAAAAAAAACUCUGUUUCCUUGGGCAAACUCCUCAUUGCAGGGGGUUCUGGGGCAGCAGCAGCAGCAGCUUUGGUGCUCAUCCCUUGGCUCUGCACCCAGAUCCCUGGGUGGAUCCCUGUGUCCUUCCCAGGACUGUUCAUGUUCCAUGAUCACACUGUGUGUUCAGUUGUGCCAAACAAUGCCCUGACAUCGUUGUCCCCUUCUGCCAACUGAGGAGCUUUGGAAGGUGUAUUUUCCCAUUUUUUCAUAAUUUAUACAUACUUUUGACUAUAAUUUAAAGACCAGAGCUGGUAGUGGCAAAUUCUUUCCAAGAAUGAUCCCUUGCACAAGCAGGCCUUACCCAGAGUCAGGGAGGGAGACUUGUCCAGGAUUCUGGGAUUCAGUCCUUAGUUAAAAACUUUUCAUAUUGAGUCCUCCAUGUGCUACACUGCACUCACUUGUUUUGGUGGUUUUUUUAAAAACCCAAAUCCUCACAUUACAAGGUAAUGGGUGAUUAGCAUUUUAACUGUUAUUAAUGGAAGUUUGGGAAGGAGAUGGAAUUUUUCCAUAGCUCAGUUUUGUUAAGUUCUGUAGUUGCAAAACAUGAAUUUUGUGGGGGUUUUGUUUUUAUUGUCAUAGCUUAUUUUAUAGCUUUGUGAACAUUUCUAACAUGCACUAUUUAUAGCACUCAAUACACAUUUACUGUUUUGAGACUGAAUAUUCCAAUGAACAUUUGAAUAUUUGAACAUCUUCAUUUUCUCAGUUAAUUCUUUAACUGUGAAGGAGGCAAUAAGAAAAAUAGUUGUUUUGUUACAGAUACGUUUAGAUGAAGAGGAUUUAGACAUAAAAUGUUGAUUGGCUUUCUAAUAUAAAACUCAGUGCUGGGACAAUUUCCAGCACCGUUUUCCAGACAAAUAAUCUGUUACUGUUUGUUUUGUUCUAGAAUGUUUUGGGGGUUUGCUUUUUGUUUGUUUUUGACGAAGGGAAUGUAAUUUAGAAGUCUUCACUGGCAAGUUUUCUACUAAUUUUAAGCUUCUUGGAAAACCUACAGCAAAUGAUGUUCUGCUGCAGGAAAGCUCUCUCCUGCUAAAGCAUUUUUCAUUAAGCAAUCCUUGUGUAUGUGCUUUUAAGUACCUACUUUGUUAAUAAUAUGUAUCUCAGUGUAAAGAACAGAUUUUAUGCAAAAAUGAAACCUGUUAGAGUUGUAAAAUAAAUUUUAAUGUUAGUGAACAUUUCUGAGACGACAAGGUUAAUUCUGAAAUUACUCUGUGUCGUGUAGUUCAUGUUGUGAAGGUUUGCUUUUGUAAGAUAUGAAUAAAAUAACACUUUCUAAUUA